AACUUAUUUUGUUAAGAGAAUUGAACCAGAUCUAAGCUAAUCCUUUUUUUUUUUUAAAACCACCAUAAAUUGACUCCUAGUAUGAGUAGUACAGUAAUUAUUUUUGCGGUUAAAACUCAAAAAAUUCGUUUAUACUUGCAUUAUUAUUCCUCCCAUUUGAUUGUCCUCUCUUUUCUACAUUGCCGUCUCUCUGUUUUCAAAUCCCUUUUUUUUUUCUCUCUCUAAAAACAAAAACACUUUCUCUCUCCUCCUUUUCCAGCCAACUCUAUAUAAACCCCUUCAUUGACGCCAAACUCAUUUCACACCGCGCAUUUUCAAACCCCUUCUUUCUUUUCUUCCAACAAUCAACACUUUAAAAAACAAAAAACAAAAAACAAAAAAAUCCUUUCAAAAAAAAAAAUGAAGGUUGAAAGAUCAUCAUCUUCACCCAAGUGUGGUGAUUGUGGUAAUUGCAAAACCAUCUUCGUCGUCGAUUCCGACAACAACAACAACAACAACAACAACAACAAGCAGGAAUAUAAUAAGCACCUUUAUAAUGCUACUAAUGUUGGUAUUUUAGAUGAUGUUAAUCAUGAUUAUUAUGAUCAUCUUAAAGAUCACUUCUUCGUUCCGCCAUUGAAUUUUUCCUUUGUUGACAAUGGCGUCUUUCGGUCCGGCUUCCCCGAACCUCCCAAUUUCCCUUUCCUUCAAUCUUUAGGUCUUCGUUCUAUUAUAUAUUUGUGCCCGGAACCAUAUCCUGAGACGAAUUUGGAGUUUAUCAAGAAUAAUGGAAUCAAGUUAUACCAAUUUGGAAUUGAAGGACACAAGAUGUCAACUAAAAAUAGGGAAAAUGAAGUUGAAUGCUUUAGUGAAUCCAACAACUCAAAGAAUAUGCUGAUUCAAUUGGUUGUUUUGAGUUUAGCCCUUGAGUGUAAUGCGGCUUCACAGCCCAUGGUGACUAAUCAAUCUCUAAUCAUGGAACCGUUUGUGAACAUCCCAGAUGCUGCAAUACGUGAAGCUCUAAAAGUUCUCCUAGAUGUAAGGAAUCAUCCAGUUUUGAUACACUGCAAAAGAGGAAAGCACCGAACAGGCUGCCUGGUGGGAUGUCUAAGAAAACUACAGAAGUGGUGCCUGUCAUCCAUUUUCGACGAAUAUCAACGUUUUGCAGCAGCAAAAGCUAGAGUCUCAGAUCAAAGAUUUAUAGAGUUGUUUGACACAUCUAACUUCAAGCAUCUUCCCAUUUCCUUUUCUAAUUCGAAAAGGUAACUAAUUAACCAAGCAAGUCAUGGUACAUACAUACUACUGCCUUAGAAUAAUUUGGAGAAGGUAUGAGUAUGUGUUCCUUAAGCACAUUUCUGCUACAAAAAAGGCUUAUUAUUCGAUUUUUCGAUGAUACACUCGAUCAAUGCGGAAAAAUAAAAAGGCAUCGUUCAUUAGGCUCAAAUAGCUACAAUAGCCAAUAUACGUCUCCUCUUUUAGUCCAUUUUAGUUUACCUACCAUGUGUUAUUUUUCUCAAAAUGUAGUUAGAUUUUACGUGUUGUUUGAAAUUUACGUACUUAUUUAGCUUAGCUUAGUACUUCAUGUAACACUUCUAAGUGAUGAAAGACAGUGAAAGCGUUAGGAUGACAGAUUGACAACUCGUCAAUCUUCUCCAUAUUUAUCUAGUUGUUUCUACCAAUGAUUAUUAUCAUGAAAAAGAACUCGAAAAA